AUGCGUAGCUUCCAGAUUGCUUCCACUGUUUCUCUUCUCUUUGCUCUUGCUCGGGCUCAGGCUGAAUUCACACUUAGCUGUGAUGUCUUGACCACCCAGCGAUCAGAUCCAAUUAUCAGCCCUGGUAUCGCCAGUAACCACACACAUGUUAUUGUCGGUGGAACUGCUUUCAGUCGUACCAUGGAUAAUAAUGCCGCCUCCGAUGCUUUGGCAACUACCUGUUCUGUCGCGAUCGAUAAGUCGAACUACUGGCAGCCACUAUUGUAUCACAUCAGGUCUGAUGGGCAAUUUGAGGCUGCUGUAUAUUACCUACAACGUGCCUGUGACUAUCAAGCCGGUCUGACUGCAUGUCCAUCGAACUUUAUGCCUUUAGCACCUCCAGCUGGUCUUCGUAUGAUAUCGGGCAACCCAACACUUCGAAACUAUACCGACACCUUCGCACAACGUGCUGCAUCCCACAUGUGUCUUACUGCCACAGACAGCGUGUAUACCAACUCUCUCCCAGUGCAGGCCUGUGAAAGACUACGCUCCCAAGUCUUCUUUCCCUCAUGCUGGGACGGAGUGAACCUUGAUAGCUCCGACCAUAAAAGUCAUAUGGCUUUCCCAGCAAUCGGCGACUACAACACUGGUAUUUGUCCCUCGAGCCACCCAAGAGCAAUUUUCUCCCUCUUCCUCGAAUUCUUCUACGACACCUCGCCCUACCCCGACUACGAGAACCUCGUAUACGCCAUGGGUGAUCUGACAGGAUACGGUCUACACGCCGACUUUGUGAAUGGCUGGUCCGAUAUUAACGCAUUGCAAAACGCCUUCACUACUUGUGGCAGCAACGGGUACUCGGAGACUUCGCCCGGUUGCUCAAUCACGAAUGGUACUGUACAGGGCGCGAAGACGCAGACGCUGCAGGUUGCAGCACCCACGGAGGACUUGGGAUUGGAUGGACCUGUUUCUCAGCUGCCGGGACCUUGCUACGUGACAGGUUCUGUGGCUGAUCGGACAGUCUAG